CCAACUUCUAAGACUGUUUUAAGAUAAGACCAUUCUUAGAACUCCUACUCAGUGGUUUGAUUUGAUUUUAGUUUUAGAUAUUAAAAGUCUGAAAAAAUGUAACUGGUUAGUUUGUAAGAAGUUAUGGGCCAGACUGAAGUAUUUUUUUGGUAACACAGUGGUGAUAGAUAAUUCUUGGAAUUAUUUUGUGAAAGUUAAAGAAUGACUCUAUGCAAUUUUAAAACAUUGGGAUCAAAGCAGAACUUUGCAACAUACAAUGAAAAUAUACUGUUUGCCUUCAAUUGGAAAAUUGUGCAUAUAUAAGCGAAUAAAGUGGUUCUCAUCAAAUUUAUGACCAAAAUUUGCAACCAAUUGUUGAUUAUUGUUGUGCAAUUUGCAGAAUUUGCAUUAACCGUGGAAGUAAGUGAAGAAUAUUUUAAAUAAAUAUCUUCAAAAUUGUGUCAAGUUAUUUUAUUAAUUGCAACAAUCUGUCAAGCUUGCAACAAAUAACGUAAACAUUGUGAAAAUAUGGAGGGUUAUAUCUAAUCUGUGAUAUUUAUUCUAGUGGCCAUCAACGAACUUAGCACUUUUGAAGUGAAUUAAAUUUUAUGUGUGUUAAAUACAAUGCAGUGAUGGAAAAUUAUUUUAGUUCUGGAGAAUUAAUGGUUUUGUUGUGAAUUUAAAGCAGCGAAGAACGCAAUUGCAUAAUUAUUUUUUUGUGAGUAAUAAUACCCAGGUGUGUAAUUGUGAUUCUUCUUUGGAACAUUCCUGAAAAUGUGUGACCUAAAUUCCAUUUGGAAAAUGUAAUCCAGUUGACCAAGAAAAGCUGAUGAACUCAUAAGAAGAUGUAGAUGGUGUAACAUCGUAAUUCUACUGGAUACAUGGUUCUCUUCUAUAGACCUGAUCUUCAUUACUCACUCCCUAAAUCUCUCACUCAUAGAGAUAGGAAUGUCUGACAUGUGCACUCACUUCUUCAGAAGCCACUAGCAACUAAAUACUAUUUAUAGUAUAUUACACCCGUAUCCAAUUACAUACUUGUUUUCAUUCUUAUUCACAAUCAUCCAGUACUGAAAUGACACAUGUUCAUUUGCCAUUUUAGUGGUGUCUGGUAGAUGUAAACCAAAAGGUGAAAAAGGCCUUACAACCAAUCAGAAACGAAUUCAAUGGCACAAAAUACUUGAUUGUCCAGUGCCUUAUUUGUUUAUCCAUUUGGCUUAUCUUCCAGCAUUGUUAUGCCUUUGUUUUUCUGACUGUUGUGACCAGGACUUUAAUAUUUGAUUCCUCAACCCUCAAUUAAAGGGAAGAUUUUAUAUAUCAAGACUUUAUUAUCAAGUGCCAUUUUACAUGUCAGUAUUAGUGCAUCUGCAUAUAUGGGACUGGAUGUUAGUGUCUUCUUUAAAAGAUAUAUUUAGAGUAGAUAGUUCACUGAAGGUGUUCUGACAAAGCCUAGACCUGCUUAGGGACUGGAUAACUACUGCUACUUAAAGAAAUUUAAGAAGCUAAUUGAAUGAGGUGCUAGAUGUUAUUGUCUGGAUAAUCUAGACAAAAAAUGGAAAAGUGAUUUAUUGGGACACAAAAUGACUUGUUAAUCUUAUCUACCACAUGUGGGGCACUGAACCUGGAACAACUUGAUAACCUGAUCUAGUUUACUUUAACAUUAAAAGCAGAUGUGGCACUAUACUUUUAAUGUACUGGUUGUUCACAUCUAUGAUAUGUUUAUGUCAAUUUAAAUAGUGAAUUGUGCAGUGAACCCUGGUAGAUCUAGUCUACAUUGGAUAUUUGGCCCCAGUCACUGGUCAUUCAUAUCUACCUAGAGUAUUUUUGGCGAAUGUAGCUUAUAUUGUGUGUCAGAUGAACUGGUAGUUCUUAUCUACAUCUUGGAGAUAUUUUGGGUAUCUGAAGUUACAUGGGAUGCUAAAGCUGUGCCAGGUUUAAGAUAGUCUAGCUAGCCUGAUUUCGCAAGAGUCUGGAUAAUAUAAUCUACGGUUCCUCCAUCUGUGGCAGUAGUUAUUGCUAUGAAAUUGGAGUGUAUAGAACAAGGUAGAGCAGGGACUAGGCAAUGGGGCAACAUGCCGACUUAUCUAAAUCGACGCCGUGGUAGUAAGGACAGGAAAAACAGUGGAGAAAGAGCGCCCUCUGUGGAAGAUGAUAUUGACGGCCAUCUUAUAUAUCGUCAAGGAGAUAUUCUACAAGCACGAUAUGAAAUAGUCGGUACUUUAGGAGAAGGAACUUUUGGAAAAGUUGCAGAAUGCAAGGAUCUACAGAAUACUGGCGAUCGCCUUGCGUUAAAAAUUAUAAAAAAUGUGGAAAAAUACAGAGAAGCUGCCAAGCUAGAAAUAAAUGUUUUAGAAAAGUUAAAAGAAAAAGACCCUGAAAAUAAAUAUUUAUGUGUAAAAAUGUUUGACUGGUUUGAUUAUCAUGGUCACAUGUGUAUUGUGUUUGAAAUGUUGGGUCUCAGUGUAUUUGACUUUUUGAAAGAAAACCACUAUAUUCCAUAUAGCUUAGAUCAAGUACGACAUAUAGCCUAUCAACUUUGUUAUUCUGUUAACUUUUUACAUGAAAACCAGAUAACCCAUACUGAUCUUAAACCAGAAAAUGUAUUAUUUGUUAAUUCAGAUUGUACAUCCGUUUAUAAUUCUAAAAAAAGGAGAGAUGAAAAAACAAUAAAAAACACUGAAAUACGUUUGAUUGAUUUUGGUUCUGCCACAUUUGAUCACGAACAUCAUAGUACUAUUGUCUCAACUCGACAUUAUCGAGCUCCAGAAGUCAUUUUAGAAUUAGGGUGGGCCCAACCAUGUGAUGUAUGGAGUAUAGGAACUAUAAUGUUUGAACUAUAUACAGGAUUCACAUUAUUCCAGACACAUGAUAAUAAAGAACAUUUAGCCAUGAUGGAGAGAAUAUUAGGAUCUAUACCAUACAGAUUAGCAAAAAAAUCCAAAACCAAUUUUUUCUGGCAUGGUCGGUUGGAUUGGGACCCUACCACGUCUGCCGGACGAUAUGUCCGUGAAAACUGUAAACCGCUCUACCACGGACUAUUAGACAAGGGAAAAGAACAUUUAGAAUUAUUUGAUUUGAUUGAAAAAAUGAUAGACUAUAUGCCAGAAAACCGUCCUACAUUACGCGAAGUCUUACGCCAUAAAUUUUUCAAACUUUACCAUUGGGAGGAUUCUCCUGAUACUUCAGCACCUGCUGCAAGUGAUGGAUGUCUUGCGCUGGACAGUAUAUCAGCUUCCAGUAGCACUAAGACAUCACCUACUAAUCGUUUUUCAGGAGAGUUUAAUUUAGCAGUAGGUAGUGAUUUAACGGGUAGUCCAUUAAAUUUACAAAAUCCAGAACAUUUUGUGAAAAGCCAGAGCCCUCAUAGAAACUUUAAUGAUCCAUCUUCAAGUAGUGGUGCUACAGCACAGGUAGACAGUCAUGAGACUCCUUCCAAAGACUCCAAUGUCAGUAAUAGCAUGAAAAGUACAUGCAACAUUGAAAUGAAGGAUAAAAGAAAGAGUCUUACAAAUUUAGAAUUGUCAGGUGAUAAUGAACUCAAUAUAGAUUUUAAUAUUAUUCCUCCAACUCCUGUGACCCCAGUUAAUAAUUUGGAACAAGAUUUAACAAUAAGCUCCACAAUAAAUAAUGAUGGAGACAAUUCCUCAAAAACUGCUGAGGUGUUACAUGGCCAAGAUAUAGAUAUUGAUAAAAUUCUAGGAGUAGCUGAAGAAGACAUUUUUGUCGACUUUACACAGAGACGACUUUCUUUAACUCAAAAUGGACUCAAUGGUAUUCAGAAGGACAAUGAAGAAGAAGGAACAAGCGUGGACCAAUCAAAUUUGGGUGUUGUGCUGGAGACAGUGCCAGAAUCGGGCACAACACCAGAAGUAGAAGUAUUUCUGGAGGCAGAUGCAGAAUCAUUGACGGUACCCGAAUCAAACGAAGUGCCCAAAGUUGAAGUAGCUGCAGAACCGGAUGUUGCACCAGAAUCUGAUUUGGUACCAGUGGUGGAUGUUGUUGCUGAAGUUAAUGUAGUACCAGAAAAUUCACCAGAGGUUGUGCAGAAUACUGAUGAACAUGCAGAAGAUGUUAAUCGAGAUAUUCAGUUUUCAGUUGUGGUUGAUCUGAAUCCACCUGAUCAGACCAAAGUUGAAUCGGUAAAGGAACAGCCUAAACCUACAGAUAAAACUGAAGAUUUAGAACAAUCUUCAAAUAAAGUGCCCCAAAUAAUUGAGGAAGUGGCAAAGACAAAAGAAAAUCCAAAAGAACUGGAAAAUCCAAAUGAAAUAACAUCCUCAAAAGAAAUAACAAAUUCAAAAGAAAAUGAUCAUGGAUCAGAUGAAGUGACAAAGGAUGAAGUUAAAGCUAAUCCUGGUAAUACAGUAGAGAUCAAGCUAAAUAAAGCUGAGCAACCUCCUAAAGUUGUGACUAACAGUUUGCCUGUUAUUAAUUUAGCCACUAAAGCCAUGCAGGAACAGGGUGUUGUGCAAGCUUCGAAACCUGUUGAAUCUAACACUAUACAAUGUCCCGCUCCCCCUCCCAUUGGUCAAAAUUCUCCACGACCUCGCGUAAGACGGCGGCAGCGUAGGCGGUGUUCUGACAAAGCCUGUCAAACAUUCAUAACUUUUCCCAAUCAUGAUGCCGAAAAUGAAAUUGUUCAAGCAGCUUUUCAAAAAUAUGCAGCCAAAUUACUGGCAUCUAAGAAAGGGGAUGACGAAAGUGAUGAUGAAACCCUCCAAUUCUAUGACAGUAGCGAAACAAGCGUUACAUAAAAGAACCUGACAACCACGAUCAUACUCAACUAUUUGAUGUUAUCUCGAAAAUGUUAGAAUAUGACCCAAAGAGUCGCAUCACGCUGAAGCAGAUCUUCCGUCAUCCGUUUUUUCUUCGUCUGUAUGAAGAAGA